UAUAAUCAUGCCCAUGAUCUUGAACAGUACAAUAAUUCUUUCCCUAAUUUCAGCUUGUAUUUAUUUACUUUUCCUUUCUUACGUUACACAGCUUGUAUAUAAAUAGCAUUGUAAUCUUCUGUAUAAAUCAACACAAUCAAUAUACAACUUUAUACACUCUAUAUGGUAUCAGCCUAACCGAUCCUUCUCCCACACGCUCUCCUCCUCCUUCUCCACGGCAAUGGCAGCUUCCUCCUCCUCCUAUCAAAUUCCCAACAUUGUUGAUUCCACCAAGCCCUUUAUCUUUGUCCACAUACCCAAUGCUAUCAAACUUACCUCCACAAACUACCUCUCAUGGAAAAUGCAAAUAGAGGCUAUCUUAAUUGGCCAUGACUUAUUCAAAUUUGUUGAUGGCUCCUAUCCUUCUCCCACAGCCACCAUCACUCACGAAACUACUGAAAUUCCCAACCCCGAGCUGUCCUUUUGGACACGCCAAGACAAGCUCAUUUGUGGUGCUCUAAUUGGCACUCUCUCCACCGAUUUAAUGCCUCUUGUCUCUCAAGCCCAAACAUCCAAGCAACUUUGGGAUAUUCUUGCUAAAACAUACGCUACUCCUAGCCGUGGUCACAUUAAACAACUAAAAGACCAACUUCGGCGUAUUACCAAAGAAGGUCGAUCAAUAACCGAACUCAUGCAAGCUAUCAAGGCUUGUGCGGAUCAACUUGCCGCCCUAGGGAAAAAUGUGGAACAAAAGGAUCUUAUUAACCGUGUCUUAGCCGGUCUAGAUGACUCAUACUCCUCUGUCAUUGAGUUUGUGAAUGCGAGAGAUACUCCUAUCUCUUUUGAAAAGUUACAUGAAAAACUUAUCAACAAAGAACUAUCUUUGCUCCAAAAUAGCACAAACACAACCCUCCCUGCCACCGCCUUUGCUGCCACAACAAGGCCAUCACACCGAAACACCAACACUCAUUUUCACCCUUCCUCACAAGGUCUCCUUCCCACUCCUACAACCACCUUCAAUAGGCAACCUCGACCUUUCUUAGGAAAGUGUCAAUGGUGUCGUGUUCAAGGGAAUGUCCUCUCCAAAUGCCCUGAUUUUGCACGCCUAUUCCCAAAUGCAAAACCCCCUUCAACUAAUUUUUCAUCCCCCUCUCACUCCUCCAAACCGCAAGCCAAUGCGGUCACCAUACCCUCCACCACCGCCUCUUCCUCUUUACCAUGGAUUCUUGAUAGUGGCGCCUCUCACCAUGUCACCAAUGACAUUGCUAAUCUUUCUUUCCAUGAUCCAUAUGACGGCACCGAGAAGCUCCUUGUAGGUGAUGGAUCUCAAAACAGGGGCGUCUCUAUUCCAAGGGAAAUCUAAUGCGGGGAUCUAUGAAGUUUCUACCGUUUCUCCUAAACUAUAUACAAGCACAAAAUCAUCUUCUUUAGAUUGGCAUCAUCGUCUUGGACAUCCUUCUAGGAAUGUUUUUAGACAUAUUAUCUCUCAAAAUAAUUUAAAUGUUCCUAAUAUCUCUACUCUAGAUUGUAAUUCUUGUGCUUGCAAUAAAAGUCAUUGACUACCUUUUUCUUCA